UAUGGGAAUGCAGUCCGUCCUGUUCAAAACGCUGGAAAACGUUACUAAUAACUUUAUUAACCGUCUAAAUACUGCGAAUGGGUGCGGUUUAGCUGCAUUUUUUGUUGAGUAUUUGUCUUUUGUGCCUUGAAAGAGUUAACAGACAGUGAUCGUGAUAAUAGCAUAAUAUCAUCGUCUGCACAUUUGAACUAGCACAGAGGCCACAGUGAUUACACAACCGUCCUAAAAAACCUGCGAAGGUGAGAUCAUCCAGAGAAAACGCUACUCUUGUUCUGACUGUGACAUAUUUUCUACCACUGGGUGACAGCAACAAGCUAUGGACAGGGGAGCUGUGCAAGAUAAAAGGACAGAGUAUAAACCUCGACUGAGUGAAAAAUCACAGGCGCCAAAGUGACUCAUCCUGCUGCAGGAAGUCCAAGAUCCAGAGGGGAGAUGUUGUUGAUGCUGGUGUCCCUGCUCUGCUGUGUCCCUGCUGGAGAGGCCUGUCUGCAGUGUGACCGAACAGUCAGGCUGCUACAUGAAAACUUCAUCUUGUCUGCUCCCACUGUGAGUGACCAGAUAGAACUGCAGAAGAUUUGUGACCAUGCCUACAUGACCUACACAGACACCAGCCAGCAGCGACAGGGGGUCAUUGAUCCCACCACUCUGUACAGAGCCAGAACUGAAUACCAGAGUGAAUUUGACCGUUUCUUGAAGACGCCACUCACUGGGUCCAUAACAUUUGAAGCCAUUCAGAUCAUGGAGAAAGGCAGGAAGAUCUUAGAGAAACACUUGGAUGCUUUCAUCCCUGAUGGAUUGUGCCCCAACAAGUGUGGGCUUCUGAUUAGAAGAGUAAUGGAUUGUGUGUCUUGCCGAUUCAAGAUAUACAUCUGUCCAUCUCCGUCUGGCCAGCAGGACUGCGGUGAGCACCCAGUGCAGGCCGAGGAGGGAGGCCAGGCGGUGUUGGACUGUUUUCUCCCAUGGCAUCGUCUUCUGUUGGGAAAGCCAGAGUACCACUACUUCUGGGCCCCAGGAGCGCCAGGAACUGAAACGCUGGAUGAAAGUGACUUCAAGGCUUUGGUGGUGACAGACGACUCAUCUGUGGUCUUGAAUCAGCUGCGUGUGGAUGAACAGGGAACAUAUCGCUGCUCACUGCAAGACAGAAAUGGAACCAUCUUCUAUCAAAUCACUUUCCUCCUCACUGUCGCCCCUCUGCCUCACCAAACUCACCGAUCAUUCGCCUCUCUGCCCACCCUGCCUCGUGGAGACGACUCCUCGCCUUUUCAACCUACAGAGGACCUGCUGGUGCCAGUCAUCGCCAUGGUGACGGCUGUGAGCCUGACAGCGAGCGUAGGCAUCACAGUUGUCCUGGGAUUGAUGGCAAAUCAGCAGAGAGUAGCGAAGGAGUUGAGGAGAAGGAGGAAGGAGGAACAAGACACAGAAAACACGGUGUGAUUAAUUUACUGUAUGCAGUAAAUGCUUCAAUGAGAGGAGGGUUUUUCCUCAUUUCAGGCUGUACAUUUCACUUUGCGGUCAAACAAAUUUCCCAGCAGAAAUCGCCGUGUCAUGUCUAGAAGUGAGAAUGGAAGUGAGAAUAAAUUCUGGCUACACGCAAAUAAGGUGUCAGUGAAGUAAUUUAUUGACAGGGUGAAGCCAGAGAAGAGAUCCCACUCAUAAAACAGAAAGUUUGUGGUGUGAAAAGACCAUAAUGUGCAACACUAAAAAAUUCUCCAGAAACCCCUUGACUUUCUGUUACACGGACUCACCAGAACACAUGAGCGAUCUGACCCCAGCAGGAGCACAUUCCCUCUGAAUGAAGUGAUACCGUUGUCACGUGGGCGUUUAUGAGAGGAGCCAGGGAUGAGGUAAAUCUCAUGGAUUACAGUGUUUUUCAGAGAUUAAUAGCCCCAGCCAUCCAAUUAAUCCAGGAUAAUCCCCGCGUGGAGGGGGAUGGGGGGGUAAAAGCAAGCGGCAGAUGUUUUCAUCAGAGGUUCUUUUGAUGUUUAGUUACUCGUAUAUUCAUUCACAGAGACGAGUGAAGGCGUAUUUUUACAUCAUUAGUAAAGAUACCAUCAUUCUGAAGUCACAGGUUUCUUACAACACCAUGACUAGACUUUUUACUUGCCUCUGUACGUUUUGAUGACAUAAACGGCUUAUGAUUCAAAAAUAGUCACAUGUAUUUACACAAGAUCUGUCAUCAUCUCCACCACCUCUACAGAGCUGUCUUGCAUCAUAUAUCUGCUGCCGUUUGUGUGUCAUGACAUGUGCGUUGUCAGCGUGUUUACUGGUAUAGCAGGUCAACAUGUAUUUUUAUAGGGCAGUAAAGAAAAAUUUAAUACAUCAAAUUUGAAGCCGUCUUUCAGCAUGAUGUCACCGCAGGCCAUUCUGAUUGGUUAACACAGGAGAGAUUAUGAAACAUUUUUAAAAAAUGAAAAUGAAAUAAGCGAUCAAUAUGAGUCACCACAACCAUGAGAUCACCUGUGGAAUCAGUAAUCAUUGCUCAGGUUUUUCAGGGAAAUUUCUGACGAACUUCUUGAUUAAGGGAUAGAUAGUGUGAGCCAUGACAAACGCAGCGAAGGUCGUAGUGAUGCAUUGUGAGGGGGCGUCUGUGCGGAGGCUGAGGUCUGCAUGGAUGGUGACAGGAUAUAUGUGCAGUGCUGUUUCCUGUCGGGCUCGCUGACAUGGGGGCGAAGACUGAAAAAAAAACAUUCUUGAAGACACCCUCGUACAGUCACGUCACAGUCUUCCAACUCAACAGACCUCAUCCUUUCACCAGGGGUUCAUAUGUGUGUUCAAACCUAAAGUACAGGUCGAGGCUACAGUAAAUGCCUGCUCAGCGGCUCUGCUGACAGCCAUGAUAAACUGUGUAUCAAAGUGUGUGUGUGUGUGUGUGUGUGUGUGUGUGUGUGUGUGUGUGUGUGUGUGUGUGUGUGUUAGUGCUGCUGUGGAUUGAAAUUGCAGCCUCAGCAGGGAGGGGGAAUGACAAAGUGGGAGUGCUGCAGCAGCCGGCAGCGGUGAGGGAGGGGAGGAAGGGAAGUGGGAACACGAAGAAAGUGGAGUCAGAGGUUUGAGUGGGAGACGUUUUGUGGACAGGCAGAGGGAUCUGAAUGUGGGUUAUGAGGAAAUGAGGACAUAGACGUCAGAUUGCACCUUGUGAUAUAAACUACCCCACACUGCAUGUUAAAUAUAUCCUGUAUCCAGGGGUGGAAACAGCUACAUCUACACUGACUCCUUAAUUAGAAUCACUAGUGUUUGAUUUGAAUGUUACUCACUGACAGCUGAAACAACCUACUGCUUGAAUAAAAGCAGCGUUGAAAUGUGCUUGAACGCCCUUAAACGUG